GUACCUGAAAAGAAACACAAACUGUCGUAAGUCUAUGUUAAAGUAUGGGAGUUACGAUUUUUUAAGCGCUACGACUGUCGUAAGUCUAUGUUAAAGUAUGGGAGUUACGAUUUGCUAAGCGCUACAACCACUUGAUGAUGUGGUUAACAAAUUUGGUCGCUUUCUUCUUAAUUUAUGUUAUGUAUAUAACCUGUAUAUCAUGAAUGGCAGAGUGAAUGGCGACAGAAGUGGUGAACUAACAUGUGAAAGUAGUAAUGGCAGUAGCACUGUUGACUGUUUUAUAGCGUCAGCUGAAUUCUUCAGAUUUGUUGAUUGCCUAACUGUUGGGGAGAGCACAGACUCCGACCACUCUCCUUUAGAACUACAGUGUGCAUUUUAUAAUCCUGUAUCGGAACCAUUAUCAGAGGAUAUAUUUUCAGACAGUUUUAGUAGGAAUUAAUCUAAAAAUCCUGACUUCUUACGAUGUCUAAGCAAUACUUUUGAUGAGUUGUCUGACACCCUGUUUCAUAUUUUGAGGAGUAAUAUGCAUGAUGCGGUCGAUCUUUUUAUAAACAUUCUUUUGGAGUCCGGCAAAUGUAUGAAACGACGCUCGUGUUCAAAUUUAGUUCCUAAAAAGCUGUUCAGUUUAAACGGUAAAUGUAAAGAACAAAUGAGAUCAGCCAGAAGAGCCCUUCGCGAGUUUCGUCGAAAUAGAUCAGAACUAAAUAGAAGAAAUUAUUGUAAACUAAGAAACAUAUAUAAAACAGAAUGCAGACAACACCUUAACUCUUUAAGACAUCUGAAAUUGAAUAAGUUAACCAACUCACCAAAGAACUCAAAGCAUUUUUUGAAAGAGAUAAAAUCAUUACGUAAUCCGGUCAUUGCACGUAAUAUAAUUACAGGUCCUGAAUGACUUCUCCAUUUCAAACAGGUUUUUGGAAAUAACCAUAUUUUCGACGAUAACAUCCAUGCUGUUGUUAAUGAUGUAAAUUUAUCUGAUGUUGAGCGAGAUAUUUUAGAAUCGGAAAUUGAAGUCGCUGAAAUACACGAUGCUAUUAAUACACUUAAAUCAGGUAAAUCUCCAGGCCCUGAUGAUGUCCUAGCUGAAAUGUUAAAAAGUUCAAAACAUAUCAUUACUCCCUUUUUGCACAAAUGUUUUAACGAAAUAUUCAGAAAGGGUAUAUUCCAAAAUGCAUGGUCCAGAUCUGUCAUUGUUCCUGUAUUUUAAAAGGGAGACGUGACCAACCCCCAUAACUAUAGAGCAAUUUCUCUAACAAGCAUUUUAGGUAAACUGUUUGCUAUAAUUCUGUUAUAGUGGUCCUAUUAUUCGAAAUGGUUCACAGAAUUGAAGUUGAAACAUAAUAUUUCAAUAACUAAAAUCGAUUACGUUAGGUUGUAAUAUUCUAAAAAUACAAAUAAUACAGUGUGUUUGGCGAAAGGCUUAUGAAAGUUGCAACGGGUAAAGGAGUCCAUGGAGUACAAUAAAAAUAUGCCGCUGGACAUUUAAACAAUGCUCCUCUAGUGGACAUUUAAACAAUGCUCCUCUCACAGUGUCUACAGUUAAUCCGUACCGUGUCAUAUCAAUACAAUGCGCCAGUGACCAGGAUGCGCAACACUCAGGACGAUAGAUCAAGUCAAUCGUCAGCGCCGCCGGCUUAUUCAGAUAAUCCGCUUUGUUUUAAUAAACACGGUAGACAUUAGUUGGGUAACUUUAUGAGAAAAUUGUCUAAACCAGGCACAACACACAAAAACACAAUGUCACCUUUAUUAUAAAAACAAUAAAGUAUUAUUUCAAAUCUUAACUACUCAGAGUUAGCUGUAUGUCCGCCUGCUAUAUAAACCGAUGCAGUGUGACCCAAGGUCACAUUGUAUCUGGAAUAAAGCUCGGAACUACAGCUAUCUCUGAUGUCAUCUUUCAUUAGGAAUUUCCAUAUUCUAUUUUAAGGUAAGACAUUUUAUGUGUUGUUUCUGAUAUGUGAACUAGACUUUUGUUACAUGUAUUUUAUGUUAUUUGUGUAGAAUUGUGUUGUGUAUAUAUUCCUUCUUUAACUUACAAAUAAGAUCUUUUUAAAAAUCAUCAAUGUACAAAAUCAUUUUAUUAAAGAUUUCUCUAUAGUGCGCACAUAAUAUAUUUGUUCAAAAUAAUGAAUCAUUCUCUAAAAGAAUAAAUGUGAAAGUAACUGAAAUUGCAUUUGUUAAUUACAAUAUUCUAGUUUAUCUAUUAUUUCUGAAAUUGGGUUGUUGCAAUUGCAUAUCAUUUACAUAAGUUAAUAAUCUUUCAGGUAAUUCAGGAAGAAAGUUCUUUUUGUGUAAAAGUCUUUGUGUAACAUUGUGAACAAAAGUAGCAUUAUAUUUCACGACUCUCUUUCCUAAUUAAGCAUCGUAAGUCAGCAUUAUUCAUUGUAAUUUCCAUGUACACUUAGUGUGUAAUGUUAUAUGCAAAAAUACUCAUUUUAGAGUUCUGCAUAAAAAUAACAUAUUGUACCUUUAUAUUACUGUAAAGACGGUAAUACACCGACAGUGUUACCGUAUUGUAUAUAUAGUAAGGUCUACAUUAUGGUGACAUAUACAAUUCAGCUGACAGAGUUAAAAUUAUAUAUAAUGACGCUGUACUGUACCGUGUAAGCUUGUGUGUCCUGUAUGAAAUAAAUCCUGGUAUGGUUUUAAAUAUUAAGUACAAGUUUUUGACAUCUAUCGUUUUAGAGUAUUAAAUGUUUAUAGACUUAUCUAAGCUGUAAGUAUUAUGUUAUUGAUAAGAAAUUAUUGUGAUGCUGUUUAUGAUGUGAAUUGUUGUUUGACACAUUGUAUCUGGAAUAAAGCUCGGAACUACAGCUAUCUCUGAUGUCAUCUUUCAUUAGGAAUUUCCAUAUUCUAUUUUAAGGUAUUUUAGUCACGUGAACAGCACUUGUUCAACUGGUGUGAGAACCAAAAGAUCCCAGACCUACCAAUGCCGGCUGCUAAAGGAGCAACACCAACAGUAUUUCCCUACGAUCUCCGGAAUCAGCAACACAGGGAAACAUCAGGAGGUCCCAGCUCUACCAACACUUCAGAAGCUAUUCCCCCAAACAACGACAUAGAAGAAACCAACAACCCUUCUGCACAAGUUGACACAGUGGUACAAAGCUCUCUCCAAGUAUCAGAAGAAGAACCAGCCAUGUCUACAGACAAGCUUCGUAUUGACAAAUAUUCAGGUACUCUGACACUCUGGAACUUUCUAUCACUCCUAUGGCUCGUGUUGCUAGUCCCUACCAUGGCAGCUUCUACUCCCAAUGACCAGGACAUCAUCCAAAGAAUUAACUAUGGAGUCAUCUUCCAACCUAUGACCAAAGUUCAAUUUGCAACAGAAUAUUGGCUUCAUACUUACCAGCUUGAUAUUCCAUCCUCAUUUCACCUUAAGGCAAUCAGAGGAUGUUAUCACAAUAACUCCACUUGUCAAUUAGUAAAAUUAUUCCAAUCACAGGUCAAUUCUAUCAAGAUGAGGUGUUCAACCAUGCUCAAUGAAACAUUAUUUCAAAUCAAUCAAUUAUUACCCACCACAUUUUCCCCAAAAGGACAACGAUCCAAGCUGGCACUAUUGGGUUUCAUUGGACAUCUUUCCAAAUCACUUUUUGGAACAGCAACAUCUGAUGAUGUAAACAUCUUAGCAAAGCAUAUAAAUGCACUAACAAAACAUGAAUCUAUUAUAGGCAAUGCACUAACAGAACAUCAACACAAACUAACAUCCUUCAUGGCAAGUGUAGACACAAGGUUUACAAAUGCUCUUAGUGGUAUAAAACUUAACCAUGAAGAAAUUAAAUAUGCUACAGCAAGCAUUCAAGAAUCGUUUCAAAAUCUCAAAAAUGCAUAUAUUUCCCUUUCAAGUGUUAUCCUUCACCAAAUUGAGCAAGCUGCUCUCAUUGAACACAAACUGCAGGAAUUUAAAUUUGGUGUUCUUGACCUAGUUCAAGGCAAAUUAUCCCCACUAUUGAUUUCACCUGCAAUCUUGACUACAACUAUUAAUCAUAUCAAACAUAUACUGCACAACAAAUACAAUGGCUUCAAAUUAUUAGACGGUAAUACCAAUUUCUAUUACAAUCAUGGUAAAUUUCUUUAUGCCAAAACCAAAUCUAACAAACUGUAUGUUACUGUAAAAUUUCCUUUAGCUGCUUCCGACACUACCUUUAAUUUAUAUAGAAUCGUUUCCUUGCCCAUUCCCGUAAAUGAAUCUACCAGCCAUGCUACUCAAUUACUUAAUCUUUCACCCUUAAUUGCGAUAUCUACUAACAAACAAUUCUCAACAAUCCUGGAUUCCGAACAGUUAUCCCAAUGCUAUGGUUCUGAUACCUUACAUUGUCCCUUUCGCAUGUCUCUGCAAACUAGAACGCACACUUCAUGUGAAAUGGCACUCUAUCAUAACAGCAAAGAUGAAAUUAAAUCACACUGUAAUUUUAGGUUCCUCCUGCAUGAGAAGAAAUCACAGCUUAUUGAAAUAACACCUUCCAAAUUACUCGUUUAUAACACGCCCCUUCUUACAUUAACAUGUCCUGAAGGUCAAAAGAUCAUUUCAGGUUGCACAUUUUGCAUGAUUAGUCUACCAUGUUUAUGUUCAGUCACCACAGCAAAUAUGUUAUUUCCUUCACAUUUAGGAACCUGUCAAAAUAUGUCUCAUCAGAAUGUCACCUACCUUCACCCGGUCAAUUUAGCUUUGUUACAGCAUUUCUUUGAAGACUCUGCUUUAGAGACUAUUGCUGGUAAUACCUUUUAUAAUAAACCUAUAAGUGUUCACAUCCCUGAUUUUCAUUUAUAUCAAAAUAAAUUUGACAAUGUUAUAGCUAAUGAUCAUAAGGAUCAUCUUAAUCUUAAACGUAUGGCAAAGAGAGUUAAAAAGAAUGAAGUUAUCUUUCAGGGCUUAACGGAAUGUCUUUUAGAUGGUAAAAUAAACCGUCUUAUUUUUCCUUACAAUUCCUUAUGCCUAUUGUGACAGCAGUUUUGUGCGCCCUUGCUCUUCUAAGAAAUGUGUGGAUGUAUCUUAAAAUAAGGUCCUUAUCUGCCACUGUGUUAGUCCUCCAGGCAGCUGCUCCAGUAAAAGCUAACCCUGUAUCUGCCUUUGAAUACCAUUAUCCCACCCUAGCGCCCCCUACCUCUUAUCAAAAUCUUCUAAGUUCUAUGUAUGAUCACAUACCCAUGAUUCUAAUUUCUAUAUCUUUCAUUCUGUUGCUUGUCAUACUUUAUAAGAUAUUUAAGAAGAAAUCUAGUCACACUGUUCUAUACUCAGAAAUCACAACCGGCUUUAUGUGUGAACUUGUCCCCAUCAUGUCAUUGUCACUAUGUCCAUCAUACUGGGACAUCCAACCCCCUACGAUUAUCAAAAAUAUAUAUGUUUCCAAGUAUUUUGCACCUUCCCUAAAUCUCAUUUGGCCUAAUUUUAAAAUUACCAAUAAAUAUACCCAGCAAACCCUUCGAACACCCCAGUCCCUUAGAAUCAAUCCAUUUAUGGCCCGUCGUAUCAACCAGAUUAUCUCUCAACCUUUUGCCACAAAUAUUUUAAUUUCACACCAUGGAUUGUGUGAAGUCCUGCAAUACAAUCAGUGAUUCGCAGUCAUUAUAUACUGUACGAUUAAUAUGUUGAAUAUGUAUAUAUAAUUGUAUUUGUUUUCCAGACAAUUUCCUCAUAAUCCUAGUUUGUUUUUUUCCCCUUUUAUUUUUUUAUUUUGUUCUCGCUUUGGGGACAAAGCUUUUCACAGCAGAGGGGUAUUGUUAUAGUGGUCCUAUUAUUCGAAAUGGUUCACAGAAUUGAAGUUGAAACAUAAUAUUUCAAUAACUAAAAUCGAUUACGUUAGGUUGUAAUAUUCUAAAAAUACAAAUAAUACAGUGUGUUUGGCGAAAGGCUUAUGAAAGUUGCAACGGGUAAAGGAGUCCAUGGAGUACAAUAAAAAUAUGCCGCUGGACAUUUAAACAAUGCUCCUCUAGUGGACAUUUAAACAAUGCUCCUCUCACAGUGUCUACAGUUAAUCCGUACCGUGUCAUAUCAAUACAAGGCGCCAGUGACCAGGAUGCGCAACACUCAGGACGAUAGAUCAAGUCAAUCGUCAGCGCCGCCAGCUUAUUCAGAUAAUCCGCUUUGUUUUAAUAAACACGGUAGACAUUAGUUGGGUAACUUUAUGAGAAAAUUGUCUAAACCAGGCAAAACACACAAAAACACAAUGUCACCUUUAUUGUAAAAACAAUAAAGUAUUAUUUCAAAUCUUAACCACUCAGGGUAAGCUGUAUGUCCGCCUGCUAUAUAAACCGAUGCAGUGUGACCCAAGGUCACAUUGUAUCUGGAAUAAAGCUCGGAACUACAGCUAUCUCUGAUGUCAUCUUUCAUUAGGAAUUUCCAUAUUCUAUUUUAAGGUAAGACAUUUUAUGUGUUGUUUCUGAUAUGUGAACUAGACUUUUGUUACAUGUAUUUUAUGUUAUUUGUGUAGAAUUGUGUUGUGUAUAUAUUCCUUCUUUAAUGUACAAAUAAGAUCUUUUUAAAAAUCAUCAAUGUACAAAAUCAUUUUAUUAAAGAUUUCUCUAUAGUGCGCAGAUAAUAUAUUUGUUCAAAAUAAUGAAUCAUUCUCUAAAAGAAUAAAUGUGAAAGUAACUGAAAUUGCAUUUGUUAAUUACAAUAUUCUAGUUUAUCUAUUAUUUCUGAAAUUGGGUUGUUGCAAUUGCAUAUCAUUUACAUAAGUUAAUAAUCUUUCAGGUAAUUCAGCAAGAAAGUUCUUUUUGUGUAAAAGUCUUUGUGUAACAUUGUGAACAAAAGUAGCAUUAUAUUUCACGACUCUCUUUCCUAAUUAAGCAUCGUAAGUCAGCAUUAUUCAUUGUAAUUUCCAUGUACACUUAGUGUGUAAUGUUAUAUGCAAAAAUACUCAUUUUAGAGUUCUGCAUAAAAAUAACAUAUUGUACCUUUAUAUUACUGUAAAGACGGUAAUACACCGACAGUGUUACCGUAUUGUAUAUAUAGUAAGGUCCACAUUAUGGUGACAUAUACAAUCAGCUUACAGAGUUAAAAUUAAAUAUAAUGACGCUGUACUGUACCGUGUAAGCUUGUGUGUCCUGUAUGAAAUAAAUCCUGGUAUGGUUUUAAAUAUUAAGUACAAGUUUUGACAUCUAUCGUUUUAGAGUAUUAAAUGUAGACUUAUCUAAGCUGUAAGUAUUAUGUUAAAAAUAAUGUCAUAUUGAUAAGAAAUAAUUGUGAUGCUGUUUAUGAUAUGAAUUGAUGUUUGAGACAUUGUAUCUGGAAUAAAGCUCGGAACUACAGCUAUCUCUGAUGUCUAGUGGUGUAACGAUACGGCGAUACAGUAUUGUAUCCCGAUGCACAGCCCACGAUACGAUGCAU